AAUCUACUUUUCGUUCUUGUAAAAAUGCACAAGGGCGUGCACUGCGAUAUUACGUUACAAACAAAUCUAAACAAUUAAAUUUGGAAAGCUUAACUACAGAGGUUUCGUUUGUUUGCAAUGAAAUUGGCGUUUAAACUGAAGUUUAUAAAUCUCAUCUAUUAAUAGACCAAGACAAAAAAGAGGCAACGGUCUUCAACAACGUAGCUACCAAAUGAAUCUGUAAAUACACUCUAUUUCCUCAAAAUAUCUAAGAGCUUAAACGUGUUGAAAUAAUAUCGAGGUGAACUUUGACCUGGCAUGUCUUCCGUCUAACGUUCCGUACCAAACCACGUGGGUGAGGAAUCUGUCCAUCAGGGCAAAACAUUUGUAAGUGUGUUGCAGCAUGGCAACAGAGCGAUCUUUAAGGUUUGAGGGGUGUAAUUUUUUCAGGCAACGUGUGAUCUUGUCAACUUUGAGUGGUAAAUCUAUAAAAUUGCAAAAUAUAAGAGCCAAGGAUGACAGUCCAGGGUUAAGAGAUUUUGAAGCAAGUUUUAUAAGACUGGUGGACAAAAUAACAAAUGGCUCCAGGAUCGAAAUUAAUGAAACGGGUACUAGAUUGUACUAUCAACCUGGCAUCCUUCUUGGUGGGGCAGUGGAACACGACUGUAAUGUACAACGCUCUAUUAGUUACUAUUUGGAAGGCUUAAUCUGCCUGGCACCAUUUAUGAAACAUCCUUUAAAAGCGGUCUUGAGAGGAGUGACAAAUGACCAGACCGAUCCGUCAGUUGAUACCUUAAAGGCAACAAGCAUACCUCUGUUGAAGAAAUUUGGAGUAGAUGGGGAAGGCCUUGAACUGAAAAUUAUCAGAAGAGGUAUGUUGCCUGGAGGGGGAGGUGAAGUAUUUUUUUCAUGUCCAGUUAGUAAAGGUUUAAAACCUAUUCAGUUCACAGACCCUGGGAAAAUCAAACGUAUCAGAGGUGUGGCAUACUCUGUCAGAGUGUCUCCACAGAUAGGUAACAGAAUAACCGAUUCUGCAAGAAGUAUCUUAAACAAGUUUCUGCCAGAUGUAUACAUUUACACAGACCACAUGAAGGGAGUUAGCUCAGGAAAAUCCCCAGGUUUUGGGCUGUCUUUAGUUGCUGAGACCACGGCUGGAUGUUUUCUUAGUGCUGAGCUUGUCUCUAAUCCUCAGGGAAAGGGACCAGCAGUGCUGCCAGAGAAUCUUGGAAGGGACUGUGCAAAACUGCUACUUGAGGAAAUCUACAGGGGAGGAUGUGUUGAUUCACUGAAUCAGAGUUUGGCUUUGCUGUGCAUGACACUUGGACAGCAGGAUGUUUCCAAAGUCCUUCUAGGACCACUGUCUCCAUAUACGAUUGAAUUCCUUCGUCAUUUGAGAAGCUUUUUCCAAAUUAUGUUUAAAAUGGAAACAAGAUCAUUUGAUGAACAGAAGGGUGGAGAAAAAGUUUUGAUGACCUGUGUUGGUGUUGGCUUCUCUAAUCUUAGCAAGACGGUUAAAUAGAAAAGUAUAUGUAGUACUUAGUUAUGUGCAUAAUGUUUUCUGUUGGUUUUAAUAAAAUGUGUAUUUUUCAUAGUAAAUCCAAA